UAUUUGACCUCUACAAAGUUCACCACCAUGUCGGACAUCGAACUGACCACCGAAAAAGUCAAAUGCCUCCAAGAUGAGAACUACAUCCGCCCAUCCCAAACCGCCGGCAAAAGGAAAGUGUCUUCCAGCUUUCUCUCGCCCCCACCGAGUAGUGCAUCCGCCACAUAUUCAUCAUCUCCUUCUGCAUCUAUAUCCUUCCGAUCACGUGGUGAAAGCGCAAGCGAUUGGGUUGAAUUCCCUGAGUCUUGUGAGAGCGUAGCUGCUCUAGAACACGUUGGGUUUGAAACGAACACCGCAGUACAAAUCUUCCAAAGAUUUCGGGAUAGGAUGAAUGCUCAUGAAAGCCCCAAUACUCCCUUUGAUUUCGUGCAGGACAGUUGA